AUGGUUCGGGCAAGCCCUUUGGCCAAGGAGUCCAUGAGCCUUGACGGCACAUCUGCGCUCCGGUGGCGGCUUGUAAGCGCACGGAGCACCGAGCAGCGGAAGCUGCUAAAGCUCGAGCGUGCCUCACAUACCGCCACUGUGGUCAAUGGCAAUAUUUACGUGAUAGCAGGUCGGAAAGGGAGCACCUUUUAUGGGGACCUGCUCCUUUUCGACACUGCCACGCACUCAUGGUCAAUUCUUACUCCGGCCAUUCCUAACGGCUUUCGCCCGCGGGCGAACCACACUGCAACACUCGUGGGCGGCCGGUACAUCUGGGUCAUUGCGGGGAGCGACAACGAAAAAGUAAUGGGCGAUGCGCACGUCUUUGAUGUCCAGACGCAAACAUGGACGAAGCCGCACGUCAGGGGCGAUAUUACAUUACUCUCUCGCACUGCGCACUCCGCGGAGUUGCACCCCUGCGACCCACGGGCCAUCCUCUUGUUCGGCGGUUACGAUGGCGCUGUCUUCCACAACGACCUGGUCGUCAUCCGCACCGACGCCCUGGCGGUGGAGCGGGUUGAGCUCAGCGUCGGAGGUGUGCCGCCGCCUGUGCCACGAGGUUAUCACAGCUGCACGGCCGCGGGUAGCAGGUGCUAUGUGUACGGCGGCCGUACGGAAACGGGGGUCGUGGAUGCCAGUGGGAUGCUGGCGGUAUUCGAUGCUGCUGGCAACCGGUGGUUGGCGCCCCACGUGGAGGGCAAGUGGCCGCAAGCGCGCUCCAGCCACCGCGCUGUGGCUCUGGGCAGCAGGCUGCUGAUCCAUGGCGGCGCAGCAGCCGGCGAGCAGACCGACCGGUUGGCUGACGUGCACACACUUUUGAUAUGCCCUCAUACCGGGCGGCUGACAUGGUCCAGAAUGGAUGAGCCGCCUGCCGUUGCGGGAAGCGCCUCGAACGCCAGGCCGCAGGGCCGCUCCGCACACACGGUGGGGCAGCUGCGGUCACAGCUGUCUCCGAAGCACAUCCCCAAGCCAACGGACCGCUCCAGUCCACAUCACGCGCCGAAGGUGGUGACGCAGGCCAAUGGCGGCCCUGCAGCCCCCACCAGUGGGGCCACGAACGGCAACCUAAGCCGCCCUGCCUCACCGUUGCGAGAGGACGCAGCAGCAGCAGCAGCAGCUGGAGGCGCAUCACGGGGUGCCAAGCGACGGCUUGUGCCCACAGCCUCGGACAAGGCACCUGCGCAAGCCCAACAGCCUGCAGGCAACCUGGCGAUGCCCACUAGAGGCCUACGUGACGGCGGCGGGGCUGCAGAAGCAUAUGGAGCUGGCGCAGAGGAUGAUCCCAUCGAUUUGACAGCUGACCAGCUGCCGGAUGGUACGCAGCCGAAGGUAGCGGCUGGGGCGCCUUCUUGGGUACAACAUGUACCACGCACCCGCGGAGACGCUGUCGAAGGAGGCGAGCCGGCGUUACGUAGUGAUGGCGGCUGGUUGGGUGGCCAACGCCGUGGCCGUGUUUGCAGCUCGAUGCAGCAGCAGAUGUCCGAGGAUGCGGCAGCCGCGGAAGCUAAGGAUGCAGAGCGGCAAGCUAACCAAAAGCUAGCGGAGCAGCAGCGGCGGGCGGCGGAAGAGCUGUCGAUGCAGCGGCGGAGCUGCGAGAUGACGCAGGAAGCGUUGCGGACCGCGAACACGGAGCUUGAGGAGGCGCGAUCCCAGCUGGAGCACCUGCAGCAGGACCUCGUGGUGGCACGGCAGCAGGCUGCCGCUCAUCAACAACAGCAGGCCGCGGCAGCACGGCAGGCGGCGGAUCGGGAGCGGGCGCUGCUGCAGGAGAGGGAGUUAAUCAUGCAGCAGCUAGUUGAGACGGGAUGCAAGUACCAGGAGCAAAUAAAGUCGCUUGAGGCGUUAAGCGGCCGACACCAGGCCGAGGCGGAUAAGUACCGCCGGGACCUGCACGCCGAGGCAGAGCGGCAUAGCGAGGCGGCGGCUGCACUGCGCGAGCGACUUGGCAAAUGGGAGCAGGACGCGACGGAGCUGACAAACAGGCUGCGGGAGGCAGCGGCUCAGAACCAAAAGCUGCAGCAGGAGUUGGCCCGACUCCAGGACGUGAAGCAGCGCCUCGAGAGGGACACGAGCGAGGCGCGUGAGGCGCAGCAGAGGCUGCAACGGCAGAUGGACGAACAGGUCGGCGAUUUGGCCCGCCAGCGUGAUUCACUGCAAAUGCAGGUCACCCACACUACCACCAGGAUUUCCGCUCUGGAGUCCGAACUCCGGCGGACCAAAGACGACCUGGCCCACCGAGACGUCCAGCAUGCAGCGCUGCUGCAGGCUAGUGCCGACAAAGCAGCCGAGCUGGCAGGGGUUCGCGAACUCUUGCGUGCUGCGCAGCAGAAGCAGGAGGUGAUGCGCCAGCAGGCCAGCUUGCUUGCGACGCAGAUGCAAACUGCCCAGGCAACGGUGCAAGCGAUAGCCAACGGUGUGUAG